UGGCACAACUUCGCCUCUUCUCUCCUCGGGGCCUUGGGGGGCCCCUGUUGGCGCACCUUCCCCUAGCCGCCUAAAAAUUGCCUCCGUUAACUGGCUCCCCACCCUACUGCAAAACGGCUUCUCUUUCUCAGCCUGGCGACAGGGGCUUCCCCUCAACUGCCGCCAGUGCGGCAGAACGCGCUCCAGAGAGCCCGCGGCCCGCGGCCGCAAUGCAGUUUAUGUUGCUUUUUAGUCGUCAGGGAAAGCUUCGACUGCAGAAAUGGUAUGUCUCACUAUCAGAGAGAGAGAAGAAAAAAAUCACAAGGGAAAUUGUUCAGACUAUUUUAGCACGUAAACCUAAAAUGUGCAGCUUUCUCGAGUGGCGAGAUCUGAAGAUUGUUUAUAAAAGAUAUGCUAGCUUGUAUUUUUGCUGUGCUAUUGAGGAUCAGGAAAAUGAACUGAUUACUCUGGAAAUAAUUCAUCGUUAUGUGGAAUUACUUGACAAAUAUUUUGGCAGUGUGUGUGAACUUGAUAUCAUCUUUAAUUUUGAGAAGGCUUAUUUUAUUUUGGAUGAGUUUCUUUUAGGGGGGGAAGUUCAGGAAACAUCCAAGAAAAAUGUCCUAAAAGCAAUUGAGCAGGCAGAUCUACUUCAGGAGGAAGCUGAAACCCCACGCAGUGUUCUUGAAGAAAUUGGGCUGACAUAACUCUCAUCCCUUGUUGAUGACUUUUUGUAGCAUUUCACACACCAUAGAUGUCAUUGCUGUACUUCUCAGAGUUACCUAAUAGUGUUUGUUAAAUGAUGUCAUUGUUACUGUUUUAUAAGCCACUUCUUCAAACCUACACAAAAACAUUUUUUGUUGUUAUUCCCCAGAGGAAACUUUGGUUAACCAAAAAAUAAGUUACUUUAAAUAUGAAUUAGCCUGAUGGAGCACAGAAAAGAUGCUUUUUAUGGAUAUUUUAGUUUGAAUGUUCUCUUACAUGACACACACACAAACACACACACAUAUAUGUAAGAUUUAGGUGAUAUACAUUUAUUACAUUACUGUUUUUGGCAAAGAAAUCUGAAAUUAAAUAAUGUGAAAAGUAGUAUUAUAACUAAAAACCAAAGAAGCAUUUCAGUAUAUAUGGGUAGAUACAUUGCAAAUUAAUGAAAUUUUAAUAACUAGAACUUAAUAUAUACAUAUAUAUGUAACUUAAUAUCUGUAUAUUAAUAUGUAACUUAAUACAUAUAUAUUAAGUUCUAGUAGAUACACACACACACACACACACACACAUAUGUAUACAUACCAAAGACCUUUUGGAAGUUAUGUAUCUUAAAACACAACCAAUUCCACAUAAUUUAAGUGACUUUGUUAGAACAAUGUUAUUUCACGCUAAAUAUUAUCACUUAGGGAUUCUGAGCCUGGGGCCAGAUAGGUCGUUCCAUGAUAGUACUUUUUUUUUUCUUUCUGUGGCAAGGACAUAUGACUAUGAAAGGUUCUUUGUGAUCAUAAUCAUUUGGUCACUUACUUGUUUUAAUAUUCCAAGAAAAAGUAGAAUGGCUGUCAGGAAUUCUUCAUAACACUAUUUUGACAAUAUACGUUGUUCAUACCACAAAGUGUGGCAGAACUUACUGUUUAAAGCAUGAAUGUUCCUUUGGGAGUGCUUGCUACAACCAAAUUUAUUUUGCCCCCUGCUCUACUGCUUCCCUCCACAUAGAAGUACUGCAUAUUUUAGGGCAAUUUCCUUCUGUGGCAUAUGACAUUUUUCUGAUUAUCAAAAGGCUUAAAAACAAAAAACGCCUCUCAAGUAAGAGUUGAAUGAGCUAAAACAGCAUUAGUAGUGCCUAUAAUUUUAAGUUCUGUAACUUUCAUUGUCACUUUUACAAAUAUUUGUGUGUAUGUAAAAAUGUCUUCACAGUUUACACUUUGACAUGUAUAAGGUCUGUGCUGUGUUUAAUCGUUCUUGUGCUGAUAUUCAGUCUAUGUAGUAUUAUCUUGCCACAUUACCAAUUGGUUGUAAUAUUUAACACACCAUUCUAUGUUUUUAUGUGUUUCUGAAAGUAGUUAAGCUAGGGAGAGUUUGUUAAGGAAGCACUUUAAAUUUUUCAGUAAAAUGUUAAGUACUCAUUUCCAUUUGAAUGUAGAGUUUGUUGUAAGCACACACAAGAUAAGUGGGGAUUUAAGGAGUUUGCAUGCACUUCAAGUUCAUUAAAAAAUGUUAAUUCUUUGCUACCA